AUGGCUGCCCACACGUCUUCUGCGCCGCCAUCGAUCCCCGGCUACCAGCUUUCCAACGAGGAUUGCGUAGGGCUGAAGCACACCGUCGCCGAGCUUGUCCACCGCGAGGGCAAUACACGCUUCCCCGGCGCGCAACCCGUCUCCUUUGCGCGGCAGCAUCUAGCUGAGCUACAGCAGCGCGAGUACUUCAUGUGUGAGAAGACUGACGGCCUGCGCUGUUUGCUAUUCCUCCACUACACCGACACGGAACGCGGCUUUGAGCCUGUAACGUUCCUCAUCGACCGCAAGAACAACUACUACGAAGUCAAGCCGCCAAUCCGUGUACCCUACCAUGGCUCUCCAUUCCAACAAGAAGCUUUCCUGUAUGCGACCAUCCUGGACGGCGAGUUGGUGAAUGAUUUAUAUCCAGAUGGGACCACCAAGCUCAUAUUCUACGCGUUUGACUGUCUAGCUGCGGACAGCGAGAACUUCACGGACAAGCCACUUUCGAAGCGUCUGUGGGCGCUGAAGGAGCGUGUUAUCAAGCCGUGGCAUACGUACUUAACACAGACGAAAUCGCUCAUGCCGCUAGAGCCGUUCCAAGUUAAAGAGAAGGAGCAGCAGUCAUCGUACCACAUCUCAUAUCUCUUCGACCAGGUGAUGCCGAAGCUGAAGCACGGGAAUGAUGGAUUGAUCUUCACAUACCCUCACAUAUUGAAAUGGAAGCCUCCCCACGAGAAUACCAUCGAUUUCAAGCUGCGCCUCGGCGAGUUCCCCAUAAUUGAACCCCCUCUGGACGACGAAGAUCAAUCGCCUUACGUAGAUUAUGACGCUAUGCCGACAAGUUUUGAUCUUCACGUCAAUCACGGGAGCAAUAAAUACCGGCCAUUUGCGCACAAGCUAUCGGUCACGCUGGAGGAAUGGGAGAUGUUGAAAGGCCUGAAACAGCGACUAGAUGGUAGGAUCAUCGAGUGCUUCCGCGACGCGGACGGGCGGUGGAAAUUCAAGAAGGACGACGAUGGUACGCCACGCUGGCGUGACGACAAAGCAGAUGCGAACCAUGUCUCUACAGUGGAGAGCGUACUGGGAAGUAUUGAAGAUCCGGUCACGGAACAAGACCUGCGUACAUCCGAGGGCGCGAUCAAGAGAGCCAUCAAGCAAAUGCAAGCCGGCGGGCAAUAUCAGGAGCCGGACCACGCAAACAAGAAGCGCCGCAUCGACGACGUGAAUGGACAUUAG